AUGCUUAUCAAACCUUGGAACGAUCAACCUACUCCCCGUCAUACUCUUGAGGAGGAGUCUGAAUCUACACCUGUGAUCCCUGAAAUCGCUAUCGACCUUCAGUCGAUUCCCGAUCAAAUUGAAUAUCUUUUGGUCUUACCAAAGUCCAUUGAUAUCAUACCCAAGGCAUUCUUUGGUAGCGCUGAAAUUGGUUCAGUCUCGGUAAUCUUGCCGGACGUUGAGACACCCACACCCACCAAGAUUGACUCAGAUUCGGAAUAUGAUGAGGAUGAACAGCUCUAUAAAGCUAUAGAUCAUAGAAAGUCCAAAGAUCAGUCCACGCAUAUCCCAAUUCUUCAAUUAACUAGCACCACCCUCUGUGUUGUCACGCCAAACUUCAAAAACGUCAUAAUCAACAACUUGGUGGCUCGUAAAUUGGUUUCGGAGUUCCAGGGGAAAGUUUCCCGAAGCUGGAUAACUUUGUCGCCAUGUAGCUUAAACAAUGGCCAGACUUUGAACAAAUUGGACGUUUUCAACAACGGAAUACGGGAAUUGCCUGAGUCGUACAACUUUGUUCCGUACUUAAAGCCACCGCACUUCAUCACUGGUAUUGGUGCUUCUUUCAACUCUGUGUUGAACAUAACGGAGAAUGCAAGAUUUGUAAGCUUAGUGUUGAAUGCCGAUGGACAGCCUGGAUAUGAGAAAUUGGACAAUGACUCCUUAGUGGACGCUGCGUAUGUCUUGGUUGACUUCUUGAUCAAGGACCAAAGCGCUAAGGAAGAGGUGCUAGGCAACAUAAGUAAAUCUGUGAGAAAGUUUACCAGUUACUCCGGAGGCGGUAUGUACUUGUAA